UUCUGGUGGCCCCGCCCCAACUGCUUUAAUUAUUAGUAUGGCAAAAAAAGAGAGAGGAAGGCCUCCCGUUCAUUGUUAUUAUUUUUUUAAAAAAAGAAACCGGUGAAAAAGUUUAGAGCUCAAAAUAAAACCUGUGGUUUUGUCCAGUGGUUGAAUUCCUGCUUGGACUAACCGCUUCAAUGCCUCCUUUCUGUCCCGCAGUGCAUCAUGGGAGAUUUUCCACACAAGUGAACCAUCAGAACCAGGGAGAAGACUACAUCUUCCACAAGGCACUGCGCCGAAUAUAAAGGGUCCACAAGGGAGGGAGGAAGAAGAGAAGCCGGUGAAUGUCCGCGGUAGAAAGGAAGCUCUCGCUGACUCCUCUCUUCUGACAUCGGGUAGCCGCAACCGGAAAGUGGUUUCAAGAGGGCAAGAGGGACUGAGGUGAGAACAGAGGUCAUGAGCUGCUCUUAGAAAGCUGUGGUUCCUGGAAGCAAUACGAGUCACAGCGGGGGUCCAAGAUGCCGCACAUCGACAAUGACAUUAAGUUAGACUUCAAAGAUGUCCUUUUGAGGCCCAAACGGAGUACUCUGAAGUCCCGCAGCGAGGUGGAUCUCACGAGGUCCUUCACAUUCCGUAACUCCAAGCAGACAUAUACUGGGAUCCCCAUCGUCGCUGCCAACAUGGACACUGUAGGCACCUUUGAGAUGGCCAAGGUCCUUUGCAAGUUCUCUGUCUUCACUGCCAUCCAUAAACAUUAUAGUCUAGACCAGUGGAAGGAGUUUGCAGCUGAGAACCCGGAUUGUCUGCAGAACAUGGCGGCCAGUUCAGGCACUGGUCCCUCGGACUUUGAGCUGCUGGAGCAGAUCCUGGAGACGGUGCCGGAGGUGCGCUACAUCUGCCUGGACGUGGCCAACGGAUACUCCGAGCACUUUGUUCAGUUCCUGAGGGACGUGCGCAAGCGGUUUCCUGAUCACACCAUCAUUGCUGGGAAUGUGGUGACGGGGGAGAUGGUGGAAGAGCUCAUCCUGUCAGGAGCUGACAUCAUCAAAGUGGGAAUUGGACCAGGCUCGGUGUGCACCACGCGGAAGAAGACGGGGGUCGGCUACCCCCAGCUCAGCGCUGUCAUGGAGUGUGCAGAUGCCGCCCAUGGCCUCAAUGGGCACAUCAUCUCGGACGGAGGCUGCAGCUGCCCAGGGGACGUGGCAAAGGCUUUUGGUGCCGGCGCAGACUUUGUCAUGCUGGGGGGAAUGCUGGCUGGACACACAGAAUCCGGCGGGGAGCUCAUUGAGAAGGCAGGCAAGAAAUACAAGCUCUUCUAUGGCAUGAGCUCAGAGGUGGCUAUGAAGAAGUACGCCGGAGGCGUUGCCGAAUACAGGGCAUCAGAGGGGAAGGUGGUGGAAGUGCCUUUCAAGGGCGACGUGGAGCACACCGUGCGGGACAUCCUGGGCGGCAUCCGCUCCACCUGCACUUAUGUGGGGGCCGCCAAGCUGAAGGAGCUCAGCCGCAGGACCACCUUCAUCCGGGUCACCCAGCAAGCCAACCCCAGCUUUGGGGAGGCAAGUCCACCCUGACCUCCCCCUCUGCCCCCAUGAGGCAGCUCCUGCGCCAGCCCAACUUCUCCAGUCAAUCUGAUUUUAGGUUACGAAGUGGGAGAAGUGCAGGAUGGCCGACUGACGCUCUUCCAGGUUCACGCUGGCGCUGACCAAUUACGCACCCCUUCCCUCACAUCAGGCUCACACUACAUUUCUGCUGUGGCAUUCCCUGCUCGUUUCAGGACAGGCAGAUUUCCCUCCUGUGUGAACAGGAGAGGGAAAGAAAAAGAGAGAGUGCGUGUGCAGUAAUUUUAUUAUAUUGGUAUGCCAGUAUUCCAAAGUCAUGCUUCUCAAAGUGGCUUUUGUGCUGCAGAAACUCCAUCUUUCUUUCCCGAGACCAAACUCGAAAGGGAACCAUGGCCCUGUGAGACAGGGAAGGAGUGUUCUGUAGCCCUCCCCUCCCAGACAAAUUGGAGACAAAGAGAAGCAAAGUGGCGGCUUUUGCAGUUUUUACUGAAACCGGAAUAAAACUCUCAAAGUGA